GUUCUGGAUGGGCCCCCAGAAGUUCCACACCAUCCCCUGCAUGAGGGCCAGCAGGGAGAAGAGGCUGAGGACAAGCCACCUUCUGCCGUACACUCGGCCAUUGGCGGGCGGCGGAGAUCUCGUCGCCGCGACGUGGCUGGGCGUCGCAAGAAGCGGCUCCCUUUCGGCUUCGGUGCUCGAAACGGCACCCAUUGUGGAUCACCGUGGGCUCACUUCGGGAUCAAUUCCGCCUUUUGUGUUGUCUGACGGUGUCGGAGAAUGUUCGGAACGCUCGGUUUCAGUCGAUGGUACAAACAAAAACAGCUCUGGUUACUGGGCUUGAUUGCGCAUGCGCAAGGGUUCCGGUUUCCGUAGUGGAAACUGUGUCUCCUCAACCGCCAUUUUAGCUCAAUUUGAACGCUUGAGACAAGAGCGACAGUCCGUAUUCGGAGCCAAAAUGGAGUUUUUGCACAGCCCAAAGGCGUCAAAAGCGAAUAGAAAACUAAUACGUCAUUGUCAUGUGAGCAUUGUUUACUUCCGCCCACAAUUUGGCUGCACGUGUUGAGAACGGUGUGUUCCCUAUUUUUUUCCAAGAGCGUAUCUUCCACGACCUAGUUAGUUAGCUAGCUGAUAAGAUUCGAGAAAAACUUUAAACGUGUUGCUGCCUAUAAUUCUAAGUAACUUUUACAAUUAAGAAAUAAAUUCCUGGUGAUUUUGACGCUAACUAGCUUUUCAUUCGUUUUAUUGGUAACCUGCCAAUUUUUUGGACAUGUUACUUAAUUUGAGAUGGGACACGGUGAACAAAAAGCAACGUCAGGUACUUAAUAAUAGCAAUUAGAUUUCUAUAGAAGCUAUUACACUAAUGAUGAUUUAACUUGAGUGGAUAUAGAAAGAAAAAAACUGCAACAACAAGGCCUGCUUAUAUCUAGUUUGAGAGGGGAAAGACAACUCAAAUAAGACAAGCAAAACCUGGCCAUGACCGCCUCCACCGCCCAUUCCCUGGCCUUCAGUCCAGAAGAGGCGCAGAGGAUUGUGGGUCGUCUGCAGCAGCCCGCCGUCUUCAUCAACAUGACGCACGGCUGGCCUGUGCUGAACUGGACUGCUAAGAACUUGUGUGAACGUCUCGGAGACAGAAACAUUCGAUUCCGGCUGGGGAGAAAGGAGGAAACAAAUGAGCCUCAAUUUGAAACUCAGUGCCGCUAUGUGGAAGCUACCAUGCGACACUUCCUCAGAUGGGUGAACGGUGAGACAGGAGAUGACCUAGGUUCUUUCUCUGAAUACCCCUGCUCUCAGUUUUGGGCCUAUGCUGACUAUAAGUACAUCGCCAGGAUGUUUGCACACCAGCCAGAUGUGUUUGAGGAAGUAAAAUGGGAGGCAUUCGGGUUCGAGGGCCGCAACGGAAAAGACAGCACGCUGUGGAUCGGCACAGAGGGCGCCAACACGCCAUGCCAUAUGGACUCUUACGGAUUCAACCUUGUGCUGCAGGUAGAAGGACGAAAACGCUGGCACUUGUUCCCGCCGGAAGACACGUCCAAGCUGUACCCAAGCAGGAUCCCGUAUGAGGAGUCCAGUGUCUUCAGCCACGUCAACGUGUCACGUCCAGACCUGGCCAGAUUUCCCGCUUUCCGGCAUGCUGCCGCACAUGUCGUCACGCUGCUACCAGGACAGGUUCUGUAUGUGCCCAGACACUGGUGGCACUUUGUGGAGUCUGUGGACACCAUCACCGUUAGCGUCAACACCUGGAUCGAACUGGACGAAGACCACGUGGCACGCGUAGGCGAAGCUGUGACCAGAACGUUGUUGUUCGCCUUGAAGACUGCACAGGGCGACGACCGUGUGGAGAGCUGGCUCAACCCGACUGAGGAGGGCGUGACAUCCCAUAAUGACAACAUACAUUACAUCAACUUGGCUCUGCGUGCCUGCGCCCAGCAACAGAUGACCAAACCAAAGUCGGACUCCAAAGACACAGCUCACCCGAAAAAGCGUGACUCAGUAGGACAGAUUCGAAGCAAUGUCCCCUUCGGACCAUGUCUUCUUCCUGUCCCACGCGUUCCUGGACCUUUCCAAGAUGGCGACGUUGCUCACCGAACGCCUGACGAGUCGUCUCUUGGCACAGACGACCUCCUGGAUUGUCUGCUGCACCCAAACGUGGUCACCAUGGUGACCCAGCUCCUGUUGGACAAGACCACCUAUUCACCCCGAGAAUAGACUUUCUUUGAUUAGUUUAAAUGCUUACCUUUAUGCAAAUGAAGUUGCAUCAAAGUGAAAGAUUGCUUGAGUCGGCGAUUCGCCUCAAAAUAAUCUAAUCAUUAGCGGAUGUUUGUCCAAACGCACCUGUUUUGUAAUCUUAUUUCAUGGAAGUAAACAUUUUUGUUGCCUAGCAACCACGACAAGCAUCCCAGACAUAAUAAGUCACAACAACAAGGUGUUAAGCCAUCUGUGAGCCUGAGGCUGAAUUGCCUCUUACGUGACCUAUUUAUACAAGGCUUGUUUUUUUUUUUUUAGUAAUUCGUAAACUUUAAAGUUUAUCUAAAUCAGUACUUCUCAAAUAAUGGGGCGCGCCCUUCGGGGUGGCAUAUGCAAACUUAGGGAAACAUACUUUUUUGCCAUACUAGAAUAAAGUGUAAUCGCAUAUCCACUCAGUGGGUGGCACUGGGGCUAUCAUUUUCAGAGUGUGCUCAGUAUUUUUUAAUCAAAACGAGCACAGAGCACUGGAGAUAUGAAGAGCUAAGACAAGAAAAUAUAAGUGUAUAUAAAGUGGCUUUUUGCUAUGACUUAUGGGAGACGAGGAAAGAAUCCUUUUACUGUGUCUAAAAAUAUUUGCAGCGGACAGACAUUAGACCCCAAUCACGUUGAUAAGCCGUUCGACUUUUUUUUUCCAGCGGAAACAAAUAUUGCCUACAAUCGUCCUGCUUUGUCAGUAAACCAGCAAGCACUGACAUACCAAGUUGCUCAGUGCAAAAUAACCUCACACCAUAGCAAAGAAGCUGAUAUUGUCUGCAGCAAAAAUAAAAACUGUCCCUCUGUCCAGUGACAGUUUUUGUUUCUUCCGGCCAAAUUGCUAUAUAUUUUGUCCUCACGAGUUAAUGUUGCUAAUCAAUAUGAAUUUUAUUUUUUUGAUUGAUUUCAUUAGAUUUAAUUUUUCAGUAUCAAACAGUCAAAAAUGUACCUUGAUUGUAUUUUUACAGUUUGGAUGCGACACAAGAAAGCCCGCCUGUCUCAUCAGACCAUAGGACAUGGUUCCAGUAAUCCAUGUACUCUGUUGACAUGUCUUUGCAAACGGUUCGCAAGCUUUCUUGUGUACCGUCUUCAGAAGAGGCUUGCUCCUGGGGUGACAGCCAUGCACACCAAUUUGAUGUAGAGUACGGCGUAUGGUCUGAGCACUAACAGGCUGACCCUCCCACCUCUUCAAUCUCUGCAGCAAUGCUCACAGCACUCCUGUAACGAGUCACAUGACAUUUUGGAGGGAAAAUGACAAGCAGUACUCAAUUUGGACAUUGAGGGAUGUGCAUUUUUUCAUAGGGGUGUACUCACUUUUUUGCCAGGGGUUUAGAUAUUAAUGGCUAUAUUUUGAGGGGAAAAUAAACUAUUAUAUAAGCUGCACACAGACUACUUUUUGUUGUGUCAAAGUGUCAUUUUGUCAGUGUUGUUCCAUGAAAAGAUAUACUAAACAUCUGCAGAAAUGCGAGGGGUGUACUCACUUUUGUGAUACACUGUAAGUAGUAAGUAGCUUUUUUUCCCCCAAAACCAUUAAGAAAAACAUUUUUUAAUGGGAAAAAAUCCAGAAAAUACUAAAAAAUGUAAACCGAUGAGAAAGCCGAAUCUCAAAAUUUCCGAAUUUCAGAAUCAAAACGACCCACAUUAGGAAUAUUUAUAUUAUUUAUAUUAUAAUAUGUUUUUUUGAGAAUGGCUGUUAGGAAUAUUUAUAUUAUUUAUAUUAUAAUAUGGUUUUGUGAGAAUGGCUGUUAGAAAAGCUCACUUUAUCCUUCAAGAAACCUGUGGAAAUAGAUUUUGUUCAAAUGAGUACCGGUAUUCACAUUUAUUUUAGGAAAAACACAUUGGGAAUCAGUCUUGAUUUUUAACAAAAAAAAAAAUCUCAAUACGCAGAUUUUUUUUCAAUGGAAAAACAACUAUGAAAAUUUUUUUCACAAAAUAUGAAUAAAGUUGGAAUUCCUUAAAAACAAAUGAAAAUUCACAUUGUUUUCUGCAAAAAAAAAAAAAAAAAAAUCAACAAAGUUCGAAUAUAACUUCCAUAAAACAAUUACACAUUUAGAAAUGCCGUUUUUGUCAAUAUGCCACAAAAAAGCUUUAAACAA